CAAAAAAAAAGUGUCCCAAACAAACUACUCUUUUUCCCACAUGUGGCUUGUUUGCACCUGGUUAACCAAAGUACAGUACUUGAGUUAUGUACUUAGUUACAUUGCACCACUGGUACUUGUGCACAUCCGGGUUGUUAGUUCCCUGCAGGAAUGCAGCAGGUGGGCUGGAUAAAUACCUGCAGCAGGCGGAGCUCCCUUCCUCUCAGAAGCAGCUCCGCGACCUUUGAGCCCGCGGCAGAGGCAGCAUACAGCGGGGUUUGGGAGCAGAAUGGCCACAGACUUCACUCAGGACACCCUGCUGCAUUUCCUCCAGAUCAGCGGAGGCUCGGUGAAAAACGCGGACCUGGUUCUGCACUUCAAAGACUUCAUUAGGGACCACCCGGACCGGAACCGAAACCGGGAGCUCUUCAAGAAGUUCGUGAACUCCGUGGCCACCGUCCGACAGGUGGAGGGGGUCUCUCAUGUGGUCCUCAGGAAGAAAUUCAAGGGACAUGUUCCCGGUGACGGCGGAGGGGGCUCUUCGGAGCGACUUCCCGCCGCGAAAGGAACCGAUACCUGCCCGGAAAACGCAGAGACGCCUCGGCAGAAACCACAGCUAAGGGAGGGGACAACACCCGCCCCGCCGGGAGUCACCGCUGAGAAAACGAGCCUACCUGCGGCCGGGAUCAUGCCCUUCAACACCGUGCAGACACAUCUUAACAUGAAGCAGCAACAGGUGAGCAGCACACCUGAAGUGUGUGGUAGAACAGCAGCAGCCAAUCAGAUCCCAGAGAAAAGAGAAGUGAAGACCACACCUGUGGUCAGACAUGAGACCCCUCCUCUUCAUCAGACCCCUCCUCUUCGUCAAGUGUCUCCUCUUCGUCAGGAGCCUCCUCUUCAUCAGGUGCCUCUUCAUCAGACUCCUCCUCUUCAUCAGACCCCUCCUCUUCAUCAGGUGCCUCUUCAUCAGACCCCUCCUUUUCGUCAGGAGCCUCCUCUUCAUCAGGUGCCUCUUCAUCAGACCCUUCCUCUUCAUCAGAAGCCUCCUCUUCGCCAGGAGCCUCUUUUUCAUCAGACCCCUCCUCUUCAUCAGACCCCUCCUCUUCAUCAGGAGCCUCCUCUUCAUCAGGUGCCUCUUCAUCAGACCCCUCCUCUUCCUAAGGAGCCUCCUCUUCCUCGGGAUCCACCUUUUCGUCAAGUGCCUCCUCUUCAUCAGACCCCUUCUUCUCAUCAGACCCCUCCUCUUCGUCAGGAGCCUCCUCUUCGUCAAGUGUCUCCUCUUCGUCAAGUGCCUCUUCUUCAUCAGACCGCUUCUUCUCAUCAGACCCCUCCUCUUCGUCAAGUGCCUCCUCUUCGUCAAGUGCCUCUUCUUCAUCAGACCGCUUCUUCUCAUCAGACCCCUCCUCUUCAUCAGACCCCUCCUCUUCAUCAGACCCCUCUGCUGAGUGCCCCACGCCUUGCCAGACACAGGCAGAGCUACAAAUCUGCCAUCUCUUAUGAUGAUGAUGAGGAGGAGGAGGAGGAGGAGGUCCAGAUGAGGCGGGGUUCAGCAGGAGGAGCGUGGCCCCCCAACUAUCCUCUCGGAGACCUGGGGAAGGCCCUCUCCGCCUCCUCGCCCUGCGUCAUAGAUCCACAGACCUCUCCUUCUAUAUCCUCCUCCUCUUAUGCAUCGGAAAGGAAGCUCCCGAAGAUUUACGUCCAGGAUGUGGAGGAGGAAAGGCCGAGAAGACAGGGGCCAAAACCUGGGUCUGUUCCAGGGGAAGGGUCCUCCACCAGACGGAGCCUCCCUUUAGAGGCGGAGCGCUUCACCCCAUCCUCUGACAGAGAUACAGGGGUGGUGCCUCGCCGUGAUGGACCCAAAUACGCUUAUCCUACAGCUGUCCUCCUGGGGCCCGAUCAGAGCGGAGGUCAGAGGCUCUCCUCCAGCCACAGCAGCAUCUUCUCCACCUCCUAUGACCCAGAGUGCUCCAGCAACAACUGGCCGCUGUCGGGCUCCUCCAGAGGGUCCGGGUGGAACAGCAGCUGUGAAGAGCCACAGGCAAAACCAGCAGGUGCGGUUAGGGGCGGGUCUAAAAUCGAAGAAGUACUCCACGAAGCCCAGGGGCAAAAAUUGGAGUCGCAACAUGCCGACAGCCAUUUCCAUGACAACCAGGAGCCAACCGGUUAUUUGUCACCAUUCCAUCACUCAAACGACCAUCUCCAUGACGACCACAACUCUACAGUUGGUGUGGUGCCCUGGCAUCUUUCCACAGGAGAUCUCUACGACAACCGAGAAGACGCAGAGUCCAGCGAAGUCUCCGUCUCCUCGCAGCCGCGGCGGGGGGCCGCUCGGCGAAUCAGCAGCCAGCUGAGGAGCAGGAUGUGCCGCAGCCUGGGAGCCGACCUGGACCAGAUCCUGCAGGAGGAGGCGCGUGCGGGGGGAGGCAGCGAGGCGGCCCGGCUGAACCGCCUCCACCUGAUCUCCUCGUCUCUCAGCCUGCGAUACGACCUGUCCACCUCCUCCCUGUCGUCCUGCUCUACCACCCCCAGCUGCCACAGCCUGGCAGACCUGGGGGAGGUCAGAGGGGGGAGGAGGAGCUCCACCUGCACCCCCGCCUCUAACACCAAUGACCAGGAAGGGCCCACUAGACAGUCCCUGGUUCCUCUGGAGCCCAAGGAGCACGCCUGGCUGGUGAAGGGCGCGACGGGGGCCUGGCCCGACAUCUACACCCUCUUCAGAGAGGACUCGUCGCUGCUCAACAGGCAGGACUUCAUCUCCGGCUUCACCGUGCUGCACUGGAUCGCAAAGCACGGCGAACACAGAGUCCUCAACACCUUAUGGUAUGGAGUUCAGAAAGCUGGUCUGACCUUCGAUGUGAACGCCCGGUCGACAUGCGGCUACACGCCCCUCCACAUCUCCGCCAUGCACGGCCACAAGAACAUCAUGAGGCUGCUGGUGACCAAGUUCAGCGCCGACGUGAAGCUGAGGGACACGGCGGGGAAGAGGCCCUGGCAGUACCUGAGCCGCGGCAGCGCUCCGGAGGUCUUCACGCUGCUAGGGGCUCCGGUCAGAGCUGCAGGGGGAGAGGGGGGAGGAGUCGGGGGGGGAAACCCCCACGUGAAACAACGCCAGUCCCACCCUCGUCGCCGUCGCCAUCACCUCUCCUUCGCCUCCCCCACCGAGAGGCCUCUGACCUCCGGCACGCAGAGGGUCAAAAGGUCGACGUCCAUCGCUGCGUUCCUAAAACACAAAUCACUGCAGCACUUCCACGGACACCAGUCUGACUCCUCGUUUUAAACAUCAGAUGAACUGGAUUUGGAUUGGUUUGCUGACUGUUGCUCUUACCUUGUAGUCUAGUUGCCAGCGGUGUGAACCCGGAAAUGUAGAGAACCCGAAGGCUCUAUGUUAGAAAUGAGUAGGAAGUGUCCCAAGUUCAUAGAAACUGCUGGAUGCUAACUUGCAUAUGUUGUGCAAUUUGCAUUUAUUAGCAGACAAUGGCUACAACAUUUAUUGGGCGAUAUGGACCCUUUUGGUGUGGUUUUCGAAGUACAGUAAGAAUGGUGAAUCAAUUUCUUACAAUUUUAGGAUCAGAAAUGGCAGUUAGAGUCCACAAAAACGUUCAAAUCUACCAAAAAUGCAUCAAAUUCAGCCCACGGGGAAAACAAAUAAGUCAACUUUCUGGAUAAAACUGCCAUUUUUGAUCCUGGAAACUUCAGAAAUUGAUUCAACAUCCUCAAUAAACUCCAAAAUGGCCAAGACAAUUUUAAACUAACGUCUGCAUAUGCUAAUUAAUGCAACCUCUGCUCAUUUAGCAUAUUGCCUAGCACAUGAACGUUAGCAUCCUGCAGUUUCUAUGUGCUGGCGACCCGUACUACUCAUUUCUAACAUAAAACGGUUGCGUACUCAACAUAUCCUGGUUCACAACAGGACUCUAUGAGCUGGCUAACAGUCCCCUCAGUUAGCAUCUGUUGCUUGUGUCUACACACUGUUAAAAAAGGAAUUCAAAUGACUGCAACAACAGGAAGCACUCGUUUCUCCACCGGAGCGUUCAGUUUGACCAGAUAUGUAUCCUGUGUUUGACAAAGAAUGCUGGGUCUGAGACGCCUGAUGGAUGAAUGCAGGAGGAGGUGUUAGCACUUGCAGAUCAGCAAGGGGGAUCUGCUUUCAGUCGAUGUGUGGCGACAAAAGAAACAGCCUGAAAAUGAACUUGCAGUGAAAAGAGCUUUGAGGAAGUAGUGGACAAAACAUGAACACCUGUGCAAUCAAAUCUAAUCCUACUACAAUAGGACAUUACUUGUUGCUGGCACUGAAGCAGAAGCGAGGUGUCCAUAAUCUUUGGAAGUAGUAUCAACAGAUCUGUAAAGCUGGAUUUAAUGAUGAAAAAUAACUCUUUAAAUGUUGUGUUUAUGAGCAAUUUGCUGAUCAGGAAAAGAGUCAAUCGGAAGAAAAAAAAUAUGAUUUAUUAGCUACCAAAAAAAGUAUGCAAAAUCACCAAUUAACCAACAUUGUAACAUUUGUGUUUGUCCGGAUUAAGCAAUCAAGUUAUUACAUGUUACUUUUGGACGAAGCUUAACCCUAUACCCUAGUUUCAUAUUAUGUAUUGUACCGAUGAGUUGUGCCAAUUUUCUCUAAAAUAUCACACAAGUGAGUAUUAUAUACAUUUGAUAUAAAAACACACGUAUUGUUCUUUAACACUCACUUUGUAAAUGAUUGCGCUCUUAAGUUUGCUGCAAUAAGUGUAUUUUGUACAGUUUUUUCACAUCACUAAGUAUUAAAUGUUUCAACGUUUGAGGUGUUUUGUUUUUAUACAACUUUAUUUGACAUUGUUGCUCAGUUUUUAUUGAUCUGAAUGACUUUAGAAGCUAUCUGCCAUUUUUUGUGGUGCCCAUAAAAAGACAGUGAAAAGUUACGAAUAUAAAUCUAAGCUUUAAUUUAUUUACUACCGUUUAACCUCCAGAUGGUAACACAAGUUAAUAAUUAUAUUAUGUUGUCUUACAGGAUAAAUGUAUUCUCAACUUCCUAGUUCUUGUCUGUUCUCUCAUCUAAUUCGAGGUAACUGAGAAAGAAUACAGUGAUGAAUUUCAGUUUGUAAUCUUUGAACUAACGGUGUUAUUUAAACCUCAAGUAAAAAGGACACUAAGAUGGGUCCUUUUCUCCUUUCUUAUACAAUUGGAUAAAAGUGUGUAACAAGUGACAUGUAAUGGAGUUAUUUGGAGCUGUAUGAUACUUAUGUCAAAAUAAAAAAGGUGUAUGAAUGACAUCAUGAUAUGA